AUGGAAGCAUUGAGUGAGCUUGUUGAAGGAAUUAAAGAGGCUUACAGAGAGAGGCAAUUAAACACUGAAGAGCGAUGGCCACCAGUUAGAGGAGACAAGCUGAUAAACUUGCAGUUAGUGGAGGCUGCAAAAGAAGAAGGAUUUAGAGCUGGCUUGCCACAACAUGGUGCAUCUGAUGAUAAGGUCAAACGUACUCCAAUUCUCCAUGGUGACCUGUUCAAAGUUGAAGAAAGCAAGAAACCAGUCAAAAAGUUCAUCGUUGAAGGUAAUGCUGGGAUUGGUAAAACCACACUGUGUACCAUGCUUGCUGAAGGAGAUCAGUUAGUCAGCUCAGCUUCUUCUCUUCCUGACCUCCUGGCCCUUCAUCACCCCGAUGAGAUCAUCUGUGAGUCUGUUACUCAACAACUAAAGAAGACAAGAGGAAAGGGAGUUCUGAUCAUAGCUGAUGGAUGGGACGAGCUCAGUGAAGCAAAUCGUUUGAAGAGGUCUUUUUUACACAACCUUUUGUUUGGACGUCUUCUUCCUUCAGCUUCUAUUCUUCUCACCUCACGACCUUCUGCUUCAGUUCCUCUUCAUAACCUUCCUUCUGUGAACCGUGUGGUUGAGGUAGUUGGUUUUAAUGAAGAGAAUAUCAAGCAGUACAUAGAAUCAGAGUUUGAGCAAUUCCCAGAGAAAGCUUCUUCUCUUAUCGAGCAGCUUGAGAACAAGCCAGUAAUUCAGAGUGUGUGUUCUGUGCCCCUCAAUUGUACCAUUGUUUGUAACUUGUGGCACACUUCAGACCAAGAGCUUCCUCGUACGCUAACUGAGCUGUACACUCAAAUUGUUCUUAGCAUUAUCCUUCGCAAUGUCAAAAAGAAGUUCCCUGAUUGUCCAAUUAGCCUCAAUAAUUUUGAUGAGAUUCCGAAUAAUCUACAAGACACAUUUUGGUUGACCUGUGAAUUUGCCUACGAGUGCUUAUUAUUAGAUCAGCUGGUUUUCUCAGAAGCUAAAUUGUCCUCUUGCUUACCCAACAUUGGUGACAAGUUGCUGUGCUUUGGUCUGUUGCAGUCUGCACGAUCCCUUCUACCUGUUGGUCAUGGCCUGUCUUUUCACUUUGCUCACCUGACCAUCCAGGAGUUCUUGGCUGCCCUCCAUCUUGCUACUCUACCCGAUGAGGAGAAACUGAAAGUUGUUGAGACUAAUGCUGACAGUGGCCGGUUUGACAUGGUGUGGAGGUUUAUGUUUGGUCUUGCUAGUAAACACGAUGGCAGACCUAGUCGUAGUGAUAAGGUGAUCAGUUUGGAUGAUGAGUCUCAAUACACAGUCACUUGUGAGAUGCUGAAUCUCCACCCAAACAGUUUAACAACAAUGAACUUGGAUGGCUUCAAUUUCAGUGGAAUUGCUGGAACUAUGUUUUUGGCAAAGAUUCUUCAAGCAUUUCAAUCACUGGAAUUACUUAGCUGCUCCUACUGCUCUCUCACCUCUGCCGACAUUAUAAUGCUUAUCCAUCAUCUCAAGUCCGCUAAUGUGGUAUGUAAGAAUUUAUAUUCGUUGGAUCUCAGGGACAACUCCAUUGAUGAUGAGGGAGUGAUAACUCUUACCAAAUGUCUACCAGAGCUGUUCCCUAGUCUGGACAGCUUCACUGUCAGUUUCCAAGGUGCUGUUUAUUUCCGAGGUAAUCCAGUGAGCGAGGAGUUCAUACUCAUGUGCAACGAACAGUUGAAGGUACUCACUCUAUAG